ACAAACUUACACGUCAAAUCAAUAUCACUACCAUUGUCAUAUAUGUAAAAUAAACAUGUAAAAUUUUGGGGAAAAAUAAACCAAAUUAAAAAAAUGGUACCCACCAUUGUUAUGAAUUAAGUAAUUCAUUAAUCUGGAAGCUCAGCUGCAUUCAAAAUGGCAAGUUGUUGUACGUGUAAUGGCGCUAGUAACAGCCCUAAAUCCAGCUUGCCUCUGAUUUGCCUGGUGCCUCGUGAUGACGCCCGCCUCCCCGACCAGGCAGGUGCCGGCAAACCUCGACCCAUGUCAGCCGGCACCUCCGCUCAGAGUGGCUUCCAACUCCUCGACGAGGAUUACAUAAAGAAACACUUCAAGCUGCCACAGCGAUCUCUAUACUUGGAUCCCUUCAGACGGCCACUGAUUACGUUUCCUAUGACUCAAGAAGACUCAAAGAAUUUCAACUUGGCUAGGAAGUAUAAGAUUAAUCAACAGAUAUUGGACGGGUUCCUGGACCCUAGCGAGGCAAUCUCAGCGCCUAGUGUCUUUCCAUAUGCUAAAACCGAGGCGGAGAAACGGAAGGAGGCUGAGGAAGAUGAGGAGGUGAUUUAUAUUCUUCGACUGCCUGAUUGGGAAUUCAAGUGUCCUUCUCACGAACAAGAAAUAAGAACGCCCAGAUUCAUUUGGCACUCAUGUAAGAAACCUAAAAAAGAUAAAGGAGGCGAACUAAAGCAAGGUGGGGGACCACUAAACAAACCUAAGCCAUGGCUACUCAGUCGGCAUACCGAUUUUGAUUUAUUGUCUCAGUGGUAGUCAAAUGAUUUGUUAAAUCUAAAAUUUUAUUGUUUCCUUCAAAUGAUAACUACUUAUAAAAAUAAAUAAAAUUU